AUGGAAGAAAUCGGCCUAUCUCCCAAUCCUCACGAACACAAUGAAGUAGAUAACCCUGAUUUCGCUCCGAUAGCACCAGUUGACCCUCUUAGACUCAAUGAAGAGGAUUUAUACCUGAAACUCAAAUCUCUCAAAAAGCAAUUGGAAUUCAUUAAAGUGCAAGAGAACUACAUCAAGGAUGAACAAAAGAAUCUCAAAAAGGAAUACAUGCAUGCUCAGGAGGAAGUUAAGCGCAUCAAAAGUGUUCCGCUAGUUAUUGGUCAAUUUUUGGAAGCUGUAGAUCAGAGUACUGGUAUAGUUGGUUCCACCACGGGUUCGAAUUACUAUGUUCGUAUUCUCUCUACAAUUGAUCGCGAGCUACUAAAGCCAAGUGCUAGUGUUGCCCUUCAUAAGCACAGUAAUGCUCUUGUUGAUGUUCUUCCUCCAGAAGCAGACAGUAGUAUUACUAUGCUGCAAGCUGACGAAAAGCCCGAUGUUUCCUACGCUGAUAUUGGUGGAAUGGACUUACAGAAACAGGAAGUUCGUGAAGCUGUUGAACUACCUUUAACUCAUUUUGAUCUAUACAAACAAAUUGGUAUUGAUCCACCUCGCGGCGUGCUUAUGUUUGGUCCUCCUGGUUGUGGAAAGACUAUGCUUGCCAAAGCUGUCGCCCAUCAUACUACUGCUGCCUUUAUUCGUGUUGUUGGUUCUGAAUUUGUGCAGAAAUACUUGGGCGAGGGCCCACGUAUGGUUCGUGAUGUCUUCCGGCUUGCCAAAGAGAAUGCUCCUGCUAUUAUCUUUAUUGACGAAAUCGACGCCAUUGCUACUAAGCGUUUUGAUGCGCAAACUGGAGCUGAUCGUGAGGUACAGCGAAUUUUGCUGGAGCUUCUUAACCAGAUGGACGGUUUCGACCAAGCUGUGAAUGUCAAGGUUAUUAUGGCCACCAAUCGAGCUGAUACUCUUGAUCCCGCCCUACUCCGUCCUGGACGUUUGGAUCGUAAGAUCGAGUUCCCACUCCCCGACCGUCGUCAAAAGCGUCUAAUAUUCUCCACAAUCACCAGCAAGAUGAACUUGAGCGAAGAAGUAGAUUUGGAAGACUAUGUUGCUCGUCCAGAUAAGAUAUCUGGUGCUGAUAUUAAUGCCAUUUGUCAGGAGGCUGGCAUGCAAGCAGUGCGUGAGAAUCGGUACGUCGUUUUGGCCAAGGAUUUUGAAAAGGGCUACAAGAAUAACAUCAAGAAGGGUGACCAGGAAUUCGAUUUCUACAAGUAA